AGUGAGCAGUCAGUGGCAGUGGUAGUGUGGUGUCGUGAGAUCGUGUAAAAACAAACUAAAGCAUGUUAACAAUUAUUAAUAAUAAUUAUUAGUUGUUUUCUAAGAAUUGUUUCCAUAUAACCGUCAACGGUUUGAAAAGUUUGUGGUUGACUCUUUGUUAUGCUAUUUUUCUCUUCUAAGACUUUUUGUGUCUGAGUUAUUUUUCGAAGAUCUUUUUAUCUAUUAGUGCCAUGGAUGAAAAUGAAGCUGAAGUCAGGUCUCCCAUCAAGAGACUGGGUUCCACAAGAAAAUUGAUUUUCGUUAACAAUAUCCGGUUGCAACUUAACGAGCAACUAAGAUGUCUGGACGUACGGAUGGAAGCACAAGUUGCGGUUCUGACAGAAAUUCAAGACUUCUUUCGCAGAAGAGGGGAACUAGAAUUAGAUUACUCAAAAAAUCUAGACAAAUUAGCAAAGACGCUUCAUUUUAGACAUAAGGAACAAAAACAGAAAAGGGAGCAAUGGCCUUUAUUUUCCAGUUACACAUGCUGGCAACAAUUGGUUGCUCAAACCAAGAACCUCAGUAGGGAUCAUGCUGCUUUAUCUGAAGUAUACUCCAACCAUUUAGUGGCUCGUCUCUCUCAAGUUAUGGAGGACGUACAGAGAAUUUACAAAAGGUGCCGAGAGAUAGGUUAUGAAACCCACGAAGAAAUCCUCAGAGUUUUACAUGAACUCCAUACCACAAUGAAAACAUAUCACAGCUACCAAGCCGAACUUCGACAAGCUGAAACUAAAUUAAGAACUGCCGAAUUACAAAGAAGCAAACUGGAGCAGAGCUUUUCUCAAGAUAAGUUAGAACGAUCGAAGAAAUACAAAUUAAUGGAAAAAGAAGUAAUGAAAAGACGAAACAAAUACACUGACGUCAAAUUAAAAGCACUUAAGGCUAAAAAUGAGUAUUUGUUGUGUUUAGAAGCUGCGAACACUACGAUUCACAAGUAUUUCGUUGAUGAUCUCUCCGAUUUAAUCGAUUGUAUGGAUUUUGGUUUCCACAACUGCAUCUCCAGAGCAUUAAUGAUGCAUAUAACAGCCGAGGAAGGCCGCCAAAAAUCUGUACAAAGUGAUUUAGACUCAUUAUCGGCCUGCAUUAACUCUCUGGAUUCCCGAUUAGACAAGCAGAAGUUUUUAGAAAAUAACCAUGCUGCGUUUAUGAUUCCUAAAAAAUUGGAAUUUCAACGUCAGAAGACUGAUGAAUCUCCAGAACCUGCAAUUCAGAGUAUUCUACACCGAGAAAUGGAAACAAGACUGACCCAAUUACAGCAGAGAGUGACUUCACUUCGAGCAGAAUCUGAAGAAGUGUGGAAGACGCUAGAGACAGCAGAAAGUACCCUACUAGAAAUGUUAUGUGCCAAGGACUACGACUGUAGCGGUUAUUUUGGUGACAAUGCAGUACCUGCUAGCAAACCCCCUGAGACUGUUUCUAUAAAGCUUAGAGCCGAUAGGCAAGAGACUGAAGAAUUUUAUUUAAUUAAAUUUCGAGAAUACCUUUUAGGCUCAACAAAAAUUGCACGACUAGAUGCCAAGCAGGAGUUCUUAAGACAAUCUUUGCUGGCAGAAGCACCAGAUUUUUGCAAUUCGAUCAAACCUGUCAUUAAAACACCAAAGCGCAAAAGAAUCGGAAGACUGCAAAUGAGCGGACAACCCAAACUGUUUGGAGGCUCUAUCGAAGAGUACCAGGAGGCCACAAAUCAAGAAAUACCUCUCAUCAUGAGAUCAUGUAUCAGGGUGAUAAAUUUAUAUGGUUUGCACCAUCAAGGAAUAUUCAGAGUCUCUGGUUCCCAGGUAGAGAUAAACAAUUUUCGAGAAUGGUUUGAGAGGGGCGAAGAUCCCUUAGCAGAUAUGACAGAUGCUUCUGAUAUAAACAGUGUCGCGGGUGUCUUGAAGUUGUACCUCCGAGAGUUAAGGGAGCCACUUUUCCCGAUUAUCUAUUUUGAACAAUUCAUGGAAAUAGCACAAUUAGAUUCUAAGCAAGAUUUCAUAGUCAGAAUGAGGGAACUGAUGGGUAGUCUUCCGAGAUCAGUAGUAGUGGUACUCAGAUAUUUAUUCGCUUUUUUAAAUCACUUAUCAGAAUUCUCUGAUGAAAAUAUGAUGGACCCUUAUAACCUAGCCAUUUGCUUUGGUCCCACGUUAGUUCCUGUACCAGAGGACAAAGACCAAGUACAAUACCAGAAUCAAGUCAAUGAACUUAUUAAAAAUAUUAUUCUAUUCAACGACGACAUUUUUCCGAACGAUGGAGGAACUGUUUACGAAAAGUAUAUUUCUCCGAAUUCUGAAGACCAUGAUGUUGGAGAUUCACCUGAUCAGGCUCAAGAAGACAUGGAUUCCGAAGUAUACCCAUCUGAGGAUGAUUCAGAAAACAUCGAAGCUACUGCACAAUUUGACUUUAUAGCUAGAUCUGAUAGAGAACUAUCUUUAAAGAGGGGCGAUUCCGUUACUUUGUACUCACAGGUCUCCAAUGACUGGUGGAGAGGAACUGUUAAUGGACAAGAAGGCUUAAUCCCAGAUAAAUAUAUAUCUUUAAAAAUAAAAGAUGACGACAGGGAGAAAGUCGGGCUAAAAUCCAGUUCUUCUGAAGAGUCUGUCCAAAGACGAACACUGAGUUCCAAGGAUUCAAUGCUUUCUGAUAACUAUUCAUCAUUAAGCAGUUCUAACAAUUCGCCAGUUGUGCAGUUUAGUCCUAUAACUUGGAAUAAAGUGUCCGAUUUAGCUGAAUCAAUUGAAAAUGCAACAGUUUUGUUAAAUCAGGCAAGAGAGCCUGCAGUGCCGACAAAGAACGAACCUUUAGAUGAAGCCAAAACAACAGCAACCUCAAAAGACUCAGAAAAACCACCUGCAACGCACAAAACUCAAGAAGACAUAAGUAAAGCAGAAAAAGAACAACCCCAAGCUCAACCCCAGCCCCAAGCAGAAAUUGAUGAGAGUAAUGUGAAUUUUUCAGAAAACCGCGAGUUGUGGCAACGACGUGCCAUUCUGGAAUCUACUUUACUUGGGUCGCCGAUUUUGAAAACACACAGACUUUCAGAGCCUCAUAUACAAAGGCACAGUCAUACACCCGAUCUGGUUAUGGACUUACCCAUGUUGGCGAGUGUUGCUAGCAAGGAACAACUCACAAAAUCAGCGUUAACUUUGGCUACAACUGCUGAUACUGCAUCUGAUAAGGAUAAAGAUAAGGAAGCUAAGGCCACGGAAGGAACUUCAGCAAUAGCUCUGGACCCGUGUCCUGAUGCUUCAGCUGAUAAGGAUAAGAAUAACGAAAAUGAUAAGAAUCAGGAAAAGAAUAAGGAUAAUGAUAAACAACGGAAGAUUAAAGCCGUAGAAGGAAGUUCAGGUGCCGACAGUCCAGACAUGCAGACCGCAGCUGAAACCUUCGCCAAACAAAACCAGUGCACGUUGAAAAAGAACAAGAAAAAUCACGUUACUGAAGCUGAUGAGUAUGUCACCAUAACGAGUCCCAUGACAGAAAGGAAGUACGCCACGCUGGAGCCAAAUAUGACCAUGACAUCAACUUUUAAGCCUACUGGAGAAUCGAAACCGAUGGUGCUCAAAAAACCCGUAUUUUCGAUGCCACUGAGGUCGGUGUCCAUCGAAAUGAUAUGCAAAGACCCACCCGAUCUUCCAACAUAGUUCUAUAUAUUUUUUAAAGAGCGGUAUUUGUUAAUUACAUUUUUUUUAUGCACGAUUUUUGUGAUUUUUUUAUUGGGUGCUUACUACCUAGUGAGUUAUUUUUAAGGGGAAAUGUUUGCUUAAGAUCGUUUUUAUUCUUUUAUUUAUUUUCAAAACAUUUUGGUAUAAUGGUAAAUGAAAUUGAAGGUAAUUGUUAGACUGCCAUUUCGAAUAGAGUCCUAAACAAAGUCUGAAGAUGUAAUUUUUUUAAAUAAGUAAAGUAAUUGAGGCGUUUAUUUUAGAAACAACAUAAGUCCAAAAUUUUGAUUUUGUAGAAAAUGAAAAAACGCUCUCGAGUUUAUUACCAUAUUUCGAAAAACUAUUAAAUUGUACAGUGGCGAAUAUAAGUUAAAUAAAGGUUUUCUGACUACAGAAUCUCAUGAUAUUAAU